GCGGGGAGGGCGUCGACUGUGUGAGCGGCCGCCCGUUGCCUCCGCCCGGACUCCGGAGCCGCGGGGAACCGUCGGGGCGGCCAGAGAAAAUGUCGGAUGAGUUUUCGCUGGCGGACGCGCUCCCUGACCGGUCUCCGGCCAAGACCCCCAAUGUGAGCAACAGCAAGCCGGGCCAGCCGCCGCCGCCGCCGCAGCCUCCGCCCCCGCCGCCGGGCUGGCCCGCCUCCGGGCCCUGGACGGCGCCGCCGGCCGCCCCCGGCGCCAGCGUGCCGUUCGGACCCGCCCCGACGGGCAUCUACCCCUCGGUGCCCCCGGCCCCCCCGGCGCCCUUCCCCCCGGCCUCCGGACCCUCCUGCCCCCCGCCCCCGGGCGGCCCCUACCCGAGCCCCUCGGGGCCGUACCCGGCCCCCAACGUGCCCUAUCCCGACGUCCCGCGGCCGUACGGGGACCCGGCCGGCCCGCUGGGCCCCUGGGGGGCCGGGCCCUCGGGAGCCUGGGCCCCGGGCAUGGGCGGCCAGUAUCCCGCGCCCACCGUGCCGUUCCCGUCCGCGGGCCCGUACUCCACGCCGCCCCCGGCCCCCGGGGCCGCCCCCAGCGUGCCGUGGGGCGCCGUCCCCCCCGGGCCCUGGGGGCCCCCGUUCCCCGGGCCCUACCCCGCGCCCGCAAUGUACCCCGGCUCCAGCGGGCCCUUCCAAGUGCCUCCUAGACCCGCCGGUGCCCCCUCCGUGCCCGGGGGGCCGCAACCCUACCAUUGAGUUGACGGUGGACUUUGAGACGUGCCUCUUCACUUCGAGAGUUGUUUUAUAUAUAUAUGUGUGUAUAUAUAUAUAUAUAUAUAUAUAUAUCUGUCCUUCUCACUCUAAUGUCCUCCCGGCCCCCACCCCCCCGGGGGGAACCGACCGAGAAUCCUCUCACCUCGCCAAGAAGAACCCUCGCCUCUGCCACGCGGACGUCUGGUCGCGGUGCGAAGGAGAACGUAGAUUUAAGCAUAAACUUGAGUUUGUACCACC